UUGAUGAGGUUUGAGGUUGACUUGACUGGUUAUCCGAAAGAAGAGAAUAGACCACUUAAAUGUGACGAACGGAAAAGACAAGAGCGGAACAUCAUAGACCUGAUAAAUGAUUACCGCUAUGUUUUUCCUGAUAACACCUGUUAUUUGUCAUCAAAACCGAUGCAUACCAACACUUCUCUGUUAUACAUUUUUGAAUACCAAGGAAAGCAAAUUCCACGUGAUUGCCGGGAAGUAGCACUGCACAGCGCAGACGCAACUUUGGAUUUUUACAAGUUUUGUGUCACUCUCAUUUCUUUCAUCGACCCAAACUGCAGCAUUACUGUUGAAUUUAAAUUUAAAGAACGAGACAACGAAAACCUCAUGAUUUUCAACUGCAAUACCACAGAAAAUGAUACUUUUUGUACAAGCGAAGAAACAGAGCUUGGGAUGAAUAUUAAUCAAGUCUUGGGGUUUAAAAAUGCCAAUUUUAUAUUUUUGAUUCAAAAUAUAGCAUCUACCAAAUAUUCAUAUCAAGGUAAUAAUAAUACAAUGCAUGUGUCGUCGGUUACAGACGUCGGAAUGUUUGCUGGGAUCGUCGUCGGCUCUAUCUUUGCAUUUCUCAUCGUUGUCAUUGCCUGCUAUGUUUAUAUUAGAGGACGGAAUUCCAAAGGUCCAUAUCACCAAGCUAAAACCUAAAUAUUGCCAAACAAGGAAUAAUAUAAGUAUACAUUAAAAGACUCAUCCAAACUGAGUGCUAUGGCGUGGCGAAGUCGGAUUUCCCGAAAGAGCAACCAUCAGAAAUGUUUUUAGUGUAGUUUUAAUUUUCAUUUUUACAUGUAUGUAUCAAAUAUGUACAUCAUACACAUAACAUUCCAUAAUACAAGAAUUAUUUUUAAAAUGUGUCGCAAAAUUGUUUUGCUCAGAUAUCAUGUUCACUUUCUUGCUAAUGUUAUUAUUUGUUUAAAUUUUAAGAACAUAUCUACUAACUUUAUUUUUGACAUUAAAAAAGGUAUAUACUAUAAACCACUGAAGGACUCUAAUGUAUAAACACAUUUGUUUGCAAUGAAAGUGCAUCUAUUUAUAAUGAAUGUCGAUAUUAUACGUAAGUUCAUUUUCACUGUGAUUCAACAUCUUAUUUCUAUUCAAAAAGAUCCUUAUGUCGCGGGUUCGAAUCCCACUGAUGGAUGUAUAGAGCAGUCAUUCGAAAGAGACCGAACAUGUAUAAACCGAGGUCUCGUGUUGCAGUAGGUACUGGCACGAAAAAAGAUCCCUCCCUGGUUAAUGGCCCUCUUUUCCAUUAGCAUAGAAUUCUAUAGAGGUUGGGGAAAAUGAAAUUCUUAAACAUAUUGAUUAGAGUACAGAUUAUAAUUUUAAAAUUAAAUAUUUGAUGCUAAUAGUUCUACUUACUUCUCGAAAGCAUAAAGUUUUAGGUUUACUUUUUUGAAUUUAAAACAAUGUUGG